AUGUGGUCUUUGGUUGCUGAAACAGCGAAGAAGAAAGCAAUGUGGUUGUAUCCAAAGGUUUUGGGUUUUAAUCCUUCUGAAAGAUGGGGUCACACUGCUUGCUUCUCUGGGGGGCUUAUGUAUGUCUUUGGGGGCUGUUGUGGGGGACUGCAUUUCAGCGAUGUUUUGUGUUUGGACCUUGACAAAAUGGAUUGGUGCAAGCUUGUUACCACGGGUGAAAAGCCAGGACCUAGAGAUAGCCAUAGUGCUGUUCUUGUAGGGCAUAAGAUGAUAGUGUUUGGUGGAACAAAUGGGUUCAUGAAGGUGAAUGACACUCACAUACUGGAUCUCAUCACCAAAGAAUGGGUUCGUCUUAAAUGUGAAGGGAUUCCUCCUUCUCCAAGGGAAAGUCAUACUGCCACUCUCGUUGGUGAUGAAAGAUUAGUGAUUUUUGGUGGUAGUGGUGAAGGUGAAGCAAACUAUUUAAAUGAUUUGCAUAUUCUAGACCUUCGAACCAUGAGAUGGAGUUCUCCUGAGGUCAAAGGUGAUUUGCCUGUGCCAAGGGACAGUCACAGUACUCUUGCAAUUGGGAACAAACUUAUUGUGUAUGGUGGAGAUUGUGGUGAUCAGUAUCAUGGUGAUGUUAAUAUGCUUGAUUUGGAAACAAUGACUUGGUCAAAUUUGAAAAUUCAAGGUUCUUCACCAGGUGUCAGGGCUGGUCAUACUGCAGUGAAUAUUGGAACCAAGGUCUACAUCAUUGGAGGGGUUGGAGAUAAACGUUAUUAUAAUGAUAUAUGGGUCUUUGAUAUCUGCACUUGUUCGUGGACUCAACUUGAUAUACGUGGUCAACAGCCACAGGGGCGGUUUUCUCAUACAGCUGUUGUUACAGACAUGGAUAUUGUCAUAUAUGGCGGGUGUGGGGAAGAUGAGCGUCCUCUGAAUGAAUUGUUAGUAUUGCAGCUUGGAGCAGAGCAUCCAAAUGGACGUUACAACAUUUCCAUGUGCAAGGUUUUUGGAACUUAUUGUAAUCAAGAAAAGAGGGUAAUCCCAGGAGGAGCAGAUAUCAACUUGAAAACUCCACUUAUGGGGAAGAAUAUGGAAGUUUUAGGAAAAUGCGCUUAUGAAGUUGUAUCUGAAAAAGCUCAACCUUAUUUUUGUGAUUCAGGUACUUCACGACAGAAGAGGAGGAGAAUUGCGGCUGCAAAGGUGUGGGAUGUUGAAUCAGAACAAGAAGAACAUUCUCUUUCACUGUCCCAGCAUUCAUCUCCAUCUCAAUCUGAUCAAGAACAAACCCCAGGUCAAAAAGCCAAUGCUUCUGUCAUGGAUUCUCAGCGGUAUCAUCGGUUCAAACAGAUUAACAAAAUUCCAAGCAAUGGCCAACUUGACAAUGUCUCAAGUAACAGGAGAGUUUGGAAGAAUAUCACACAAAGAAGUCAACAAGAUCUUCUUCUCCUUGAAGAACAACCAAAACAAGAACAGUAUAUUCAUGUUGAUGAGGAUAGAAAAGGAGCUCCACACCAAGCUAUAGAGCAGAAGCACCAGCACCUGGUUGGUGCUGAAGUUAGAGGGAAAGUAGAUGGUGCCUUUGAUUCAGGUUUGCUGAUGACUGCAUCUGUGAAUGGGAGAAUUUUCAGAGGGGUCUUAUUUGCACCAGGAGCAGGAGUAGUCUCCACCAGUGUUGAGCCAAAUUGUUCUUUAUCAUGUUCAUUUCCCUCCGCUCAACCAUCCAUGAACUCAAAUCACGUGGAUUAUUUGAGGGAUUCCCAGCAAGUAACUACUUGUCCGCGUGCAGAGAAAUGCCAUGGCUUCCGGCAACCUCUUAUGGCUCGACCAUCUCCAAUCAUGAGAGGCACUACUGCGUCUUUAGCCAAAGAGCAUAAAAUCAGGGGUGACCUUCAAGGGUUGGUUUUGACACUUGGAGGGCCUGCUAGUGGCAACCAGGCUUGA